AUGACUAAUAACUUGGAAUAUAUUAAAUUGAAGGAAAUUUUCAGAUGUUAUUAUCUUCAAACACCAAACUUAAGUUUGCUUAAACAAAUUGCGUUAAAUAAUGGGUUAGAUGGGUUAUUACGUAAACUUGGAUGGUUAACAUUUCUUGAUGUAUUACCAUUACCAAUUACUCCAAGUUGGGGAAGGAUAUUAGAAGUUAUGAGAGAGAGAUAUGACUAUUUUAUUGUGAAUGAUAAUAAACCAACCCAAUUUGAUGAAAUAAUUGACCAAGAUAUAGAACGAUUAUAUUCUGACAUUGAAUUUUUUAUUCAUCCAGAAGUAAGAAAUUCAGUAAAAAGAAUAUGUAAAAUUUUUGCUAUUGAACAUCCAGAUGUUGGGUAUCAACAAGGAAUUCAUGAAUUAGUUGGAAUUGUUUACUAUGCUUUUUCAGAACUUUAUCCAACAGAAAAAGCUAUAAGUGCUAUUCCUUUUCCUUCUGAAUAUGAAAAUACAUUUCAAAUAAUCAUCGAAAAUGGAUUUACUGAACAUGAUACAUUUACUGCUAUUGAACAUCUUAUUGCUCUUAUGCAACCAAUAUUUUCAAAAGGAGCAAAUGGAGUGAAAAAUAUGUGUAAUGAUUUAUUUAAUUCUUUACAAAAAUUUAAUCAAAAGAUAUUUGAUCAAUUUAAUGAAAAUGGAAUUAUACCAACAACAUUUGGAAUUAAAUGGUUACGGUUAUUAUUUUCAAGAGAAUUUCCUUUAGAUACAGUUUUACAAUUAUGGGAUGGAAUCUUUGCUUUUGGGAAUGGUUUAAUUAUUAUUCGAAGUAUUUUUAUGUUAUUAAUGUUAGAUUGUAGUAAAGAAGAAGAAGAAGAACAAAUCCUUAUGAGAUUAAUGCAAUGUCCAACAAAAAAUGUUACAAAUAUUCAUAGACUUAUUCAUGAAGCAAUAGUUUUUGAUAAACAAGAAAGAACAAUAUUUCAACAUUAA